AGCCGGCCAAUCUGCUGAUCUACACUCGCCUCGGCCUUAUCAACGUUGGCUGCGAAAGUUUGGCCGUCGCCGCGCACCGCCGCUCCUUAUAUUACUUGAUUGAACGAUGCGCCGUUUAGUCCUGUACAGCGCUCGCGUUCCACAUCAACCCAACAUCCUCUCCCUUAUACAAAGGACUCUCCUCUGACGAGGUCGAAGAUCAAACUCCUUCGCGGAGCUUCGAAACAAGAGUCCCUAAUCGAAAAUUUUUCUUACGCGACAGUCACGUCAAGUCACCUGUCGUCGCAUCAAAAAUGAAUUACUACGACGUCGAGAAGACGGCCGCCGAUGCUGAUGUGUCCUCGGCGCCCUCUGUCACCAAGCACACUGGACCUGUUGCUGCUAUCGAGGGUGGUGCCGUUCCGGGCGAGAGCUUUGAAUAUGGCAACACCCUGUACGCGAAGGUUCAAAGGUUGGCCGGCCGCUUGAACAUUGAACAGAGAGGCAUCGAGCGUGUCCCGGACAGCGAACGGAACGACACUUCUUUAUUGAACGUUGGUACCAUGUGGCUUUCCGCCAACAUGGUUGUCAGUUCCUUCGCAAUUGGUCUACUUGGCAAGUCGUUGUUCGGCCUUGGAGUUGCUGAUGCUAUGCUGGUAAUCCUCUUCUUCAACAUCAUUGGUGUCCUCUCGGUCUGCUUCUUUUCCACGUUUGGUCCUGUGUUUGGUCUCCGUCAAAUGGUCUUGUCCCGGUUCUGGUUUGGCUGGUACGGUGUCAAGCUCAUUGCCGUCUUCAACUGCUUCGCCUGUAUUGGCUGGUCGUCCGUCAACUCCAUUGUUGGCGCUGAGCUUAUUCACGCUGUGAACGAGGAUGUCCCGGGUUGGGCUGGCAUUGUCAUUAUCGCCAUUUGCACCUUUUUCGUAACCCUCUUCGGUUACAAGGUCGUUCACGCCUACGAGUUCUGGAGCUGGAUCCCGACCUUCAUCAUCUUCCUGAUUACCUUGGGUGUCUUCGCGCACUCAGGCGAUUUCGUGAACAUUCCUAUGGGCGUUGGUACUUCCGAAUUGGGCGGUGUCCUCAGCUUUGGCUGCACAGUUUAUGGCUUUGCCACCGGAUGGACCUCCUACGCUGCCGACUACACCGUCUACCACCCCGCGACCGAAAGCAAGAGGAAGGUGUGGAUCAGUACCUUCAUUGGUCUGAUCUUCCCUCUGUUUUUCACCGAGAUGUUGGGCGUGGCCGUCAUGGCUGCUACUGAUAUCAACGGUGGUGACAACAUCUAUCAGGCUGGUUACACGGCCUCCGGCACCGGUGGCCUUCUGGCGGCCGUUCUUGUUCCCCAUCUUGGUGGUUUUGGCAAGUUCUGCCUGAUCAUUCUUGCUCUCUCGAUCAUUGCAAACAACUGCCCGAACAUCUACUCUGUGUCCCUCACUGUGCAAGUCUUUGCGCACUGGACUCAGUACGUUCCUCGUUUCAUCUGGACCCUUGUUGGCACCGGUGUCUACAUUGCCAUUGCUAUCGCGGGUUACUCGCACUUCGAGACGAUCCUUGAGAACUUCAUGAACUUCAUUGGUUACUGGCUUGCCAUUUAUACCGGUAUUGCUGUUACCGACCAUUUCGUAUUCAAGAGGGGCUUUGGUGGCUACAACCCUGAACUCUAUGACCAACCGAGCAAGCUACCCGUGGGUAUCGCAGCUGUUCUUGCCUUCUGCUUCGGUGUUGCUGGUAUGGUUGUCGGCAUGAGCCAGUCGUGGUGGGUGGGUCCCGUCGCGCUCAAGGCGGGUGCGGCGCCAACUGGUGGUGAUGUUGGUGCGGAGCUGGGCUUCGCCUUUGCUUCCGUCAGCUAUAUGGCCCUGAGAACCGUUGAGCUCCGCAUGUUCAAGAGGUAGGGUUCACCGAGGGCAAAUGGGUGUCCAUCACGGGCCGCAAGGCAGUUUCCGUGUAAAGUCGUCUAUUCAAAACUGAAAGAAGAAGAAAGAAUAGAAGAGGGGUGUCUUGUAGAGACAAAGAGGUGGAGGGGAAGGAGAGCGCUUUGUGUUUUUAAAAACAAUAUACCCGACUAUGUUUCUCGCGCAUCUCCUCUCAACGGAAGGAAGACUAUCUGUCAAAAUCAAAAUCAAAAUCAUUCACAUAAAACCGUGCUUCUCGCAAAUUACUCCUACAAACCGCCGCAACCC